AUGUACUUCGAGAGGAAGGAGCUCAUCCAGUCGCUGGAUCUGCUUUGCUUCGUCCUCUUCGUCUACACAUGGCUUCUCGACAACCGCACCUUCCUCCUCCUUGUCAAGGCUGCCCUGCAAGUCCAGUUCUGCAAUCCUCUGCAGAUCUGCCCGACAUGGUCCUUACCCUUCAUCGUCGUCUUUCUUUGCUCGCUCAACCUCACCUGGGCCCUAGUACACUUGUGGACUCCCGCAAGCAAGACGAAUACCGGGGAAUCGAUCCUAAUCGACUUUGUCGGUCACACCACCCUUCCCGGUCGACUACACAUGCUUCUCAUCGAUGCGGUCGUAUGGGGCGCGCAGCUUUUGAUGACUGUCAUCGCUUUCGAGAUGGGAAAGGAUGAGGUGAAGGGCGACGAGGAGCCGAGCGAGCUGGACGAUCGAACGACGUUGUUUGACGAGGACGAUUUGGGUCAGGGUUGGAAUGUGCGCGAUGAAGAGGCGAAUCUGUUCGGGCUGGAUCAGGAUGACGAGAGGAAGAGACAGCAUACCAGCCUCACCCAUCACGUUGCAGUUGUACGAUUGCGACCGAUAUACGACCAGAUCCUGGCCCGACAGUUCUUACCAGAUCCACCCGCCGAAGAAACUCUUCCGGAUCCUGCACCAUCCCCACAAUCCCCACCAAUACCUCUAGAACCUUCCAAUAGACCAGACACGAGUCGCAUUCGACGCUUCUCUCGACGUCCACGCAAUACCACACCGGCGGUCACCGAACAAGACGAACCGUACAGGGGUCUGGGACCGGUAUCAGCCGACGACUCUUGGCCUCCCAUGUGGCUCAUCCUCGCCCGCAAUACCAUCGGUGGCGAGCUCAGAUUUCCAUCCUUCCGACCGAUGCAGGGUGUCGCUUCGAUACGGAACACUCUCUUCGGUCGAUUCGGAAGGACUCUGAGUCAGACUCCUGAUCGCUCCCAAUACACUCGGGUCAAUCCCGACGCACCGUCUGACAAUUGA